AGUUUUAGAGUAUCAAUUCUAGUGAAAUCUAAUUCAUUUUACCAAUCAUUUUCAGUUAUAAAUUAUGGAUUCAAAUGACGUAUUAUGCUGCCAAUUUUCUCAAUGGUAUCCUAAAUUUAAGAAAUGUACUAUUAUUAGUGAGAUCUUGGAAUUACCUUCAAAUGUACUCGACUACUUGCUGGACCCUGGCACAAUUGUGCUUCCUUCUACCCAAGACCGCGGCGAUGACAAGUGCAGCAGUACCACACCAUGUUCUAGCAGUAAUAUGGGUGGUACACAUGCAUCUCCAAGCCUCUCCUGUAAUGAAGAUAAGCCAGCUCACACACAUGUCAAGCCUUCCACUACUCUUAAAAACAAAUCUCCAUUGGAGCCUGUGGCAUAUGAUUCUGAUGAUGAGGUGGUAUUGGACUGGCAUGAAGAUGACACUGCUAGUGCAAAGGCACCUGCCCUAGAAGAGUUUUCACAUAAAAUCCAGAUGGCCAUACAGAAGCUCGGAGGUGCCGUGUUCCCAAAGCUCAACUGGACGGCUCCUAAGGACGCGGCUUGGAUAUCCUGCUUCAACUCGCUCAAGUGUAUGACGCCUUCUGACGUCUACCUGCUACUUAAGAGCAGCAACCAGAUCACCCUGGAUCUCACUGAACCAUUUCGAAGCUGCAGCGACAGUGAGAAGAUAGUGAACAGCCUGCCGGUGUUAGUGCUGCGCAAGUGGUGCGACAUUAACCCUUCAGGGGAGUUCAGGUGCUUCGUCACACAGAGCCGUCUUAUGGGCGUUUGCCCCCGUGACGUGAGUCAGUACUACCCGUGCUUGGGCCUCGAGCGCUCCAGCAUACUGGCCGACAUCAGCUCUUUCUGGCGGGAGAAUAUUGACAACAGAUUCCCCUUGAAGAAUUACGUGUUCGACGUGGUGAGGAAGAGCAAGGACGAGGUGCUGCUGCUGGACUUCUCACCGCUGCACGAGGGACGCACGCGUGGGCUGCUCUUCGAGUGGCACGAGUUGCGCGCCGCGUGCCUCCCGCCGCCCGUCACCUGCGUCAACCUUUCGGACCAGUUGGAGGACAUCGAGCUUGAGAUCUGCGACGGACUGCAGUCUUUGAACCUUCCUAACACAGACAGUAACCGCUCUACCGAUGAGCUGCACGCGGACGGUGACGACGCAGAGGACCUGCAUGAAGCUAUGCCCGAGUUCCGGUACAUCAGCUCGGAGACCGGCGUCCAGCCCAGCUUAGAGAGAUUACACGGUGUGCCACAAGACUUGGUGGAUCUUCCCAAUCUCGACAAAGAAAAUCUUAUUGAGCUUUUGAGAAUGGAAGCACAGCGAUCCAAUGACGCCCGUUUCAGCGACGAAGAAGGUUAUACUUGAGCGUCCAAGUUAUACUAUUCAAACAAAUAAAGCGUACAAAUUAA